AGAGAGAGAGAGAGAGAGAGGUGUAGAGUCAGGAGAGAGAAGAUCGACAGAUCAAGAGAGUGAGAGAAAUGGUGAAGGACGAAGAUGGACACCCCCUCCUCCUUGGAAGCGGCAGCAAUGCAUGGAAGACUCGGCGUGCCUGCGAGUCAUGCCGCGCAGUCCCGAGCGCCAUCUUCUGCCGCGCUGAUGGGGCCUAUCUCUGUACACCGUGCGAUGGCCGUGUCCACUCUGCCAACCUACUCGCGUCGCGCCACCAGCGUGUGCUCCUCUGCGAGGUCUGUGAGGCAGCCCCCGCCUCCCUCACCUGCAAAGCCGAUGCCGCCGCCCUCUGUGCAUCCUGCGACGCCGACAUCCACGCUGCCAACCCCCUCGCCUCCCGCCACCACCGCCUUCCAAUCCUCCCCCUCUCUCUAAAAAGUGGAAUUCAAGACAGAGAGAAUGGAAAUCAAGAGGAGGAUGAGAGAGAAAGUGAAGAGGAGGCAAAUUCUUGGCUGAAUAUAGGAGGUGGAGGUGGAGGUGGAGGUGGAGGAGGAGGAGGAGGAGAGAGAAACACUGUUUCAAAUGGGUGCUUUUAUGGGGAUGUGGAGAGCUAUUUGGAUAUUGAUUUUGGGGUUGAUGGUAUAAAUGGUUUUGAGGGAGGGGAGAUGGGGAUGAAAGAUGGAGGGGUGGGAGAGUGCAUAGUGCCUGUGCAGCCUAGCAAUAGUAACAACAGUGAUUGCAUCAACAAUAAUGGAAGCCAAAGUCAUAUGAAUGGUAAUAACAACAGCAGUAGCUGCAAUAAUUUGGAGUUUUUGGAGAUGGAGGUGUGCAAGGAUGGAUAUGGGUAUACUGCAUCUCUUAGCCACAGUGUUUCUUCAUCUUCUUUAGAUGUUGGGGUCGUCCCAGAGGCGAAUAUCACUGAUUUCUCAGCUUCUCACUUAAGAACUUCACGACUGGGAGACAUCACGACUGGCCACCCUCUUCAAAUGUCCCACCAAUUCACUCCCAUGGAUAGAGAAGCUAGAGUGCUGAGAUAUAGAGAGAAGAGAAAAACCAGGAAAUUUGAGAAGACGAUCAGGUAUGCCUCUCGUAAGGCUUACGCAGAGACGAGGCCUAGAAUAAAAGGCCGUUUUGCAAAGAGGACUGAUGUAGAGGUUGAAGUCGAUCAAUUUUACUCAGCUUCUCUAGUGGCAGAGACCGGUUAUGGCGUCGUUCCAACCUACUGAAGAGAGAAAAAAUCAGUCCUUGCAAUUUGAAUGUGGCUUUUUGUAAUCACAGUUACUUGUGAUUCACUGUAUAUUUAUCAAGACGCUCCGAUGUAAUUUGGAGAAUCAUAUCUAUUUUGUUUGUAAACAAAGUUUAUAUUCAUCUGAUUCUUAAAUCAUGUAGUGGAAUAUGCUCUGAAAUCAUUGUGAAAAUCUGAUAGAUUUGAUCUGAUAUACAACAAGAGCAUUAUGUUUGAGUUA